AUGCCACUCCAAAUUCAGAGAACAAAGAAGGAUGGAAGGAAGAGGACACUGUCGACAGUGUCUAACAUCACAAAUGUACAGGGCUCUGUCGCUAGUGUGAAAACUUCCGAGAAUGCCUCGCCUUCGCAACGAGUUGGAUCAAAUCAAACCAAGCCUGCCGACUCCUCAACCCAGCCCCGGAAACCACCAACUGCAGCGAAGAAAGUACCUGAUGUGUUUCAGUUCCUGGAUGAGAACGAUGACGACUCAUCGUCCGAAGCAACCUCGGAUUCGUCAGAUUCAUCAGAGUCGGAUUCAUCCGAGGAUGAAGAACCGACGCCCCCACGAUCUGUGCAAAACCCCACCAAUAUCCAGGCCCCUAAGCCUCGAGGAAAGCCUGUUCCACAUGGCGUCUUGGUCUCAGGAGGGAAUACACCUCCAAAGGCUGCUUUGCCCUCGCCACCAGCAUCAAAGAGCCCCAAGGAACAGCGCCGGCCCUCAGCAUCCCACGUUCCCUCUACCGGCACUCAAUUACAGAUAACCCGGAAGCAAACCAAUCGAAAGCCAAGCCCAAUCUCAACCAAUCACCCAACGCCUGGAAAAGGGCAGCUGGAACUGUCUCGUCCAGAGGGCUACUAUGGAAGAGAAGAGGCUGCUCUCCACAGACCACCACUACCCCCAUCUCCCCCAAGAAGCCCAGAAGAUGGUCUGCACCGCACAACACCAACAAAGAGACGGGACUCCACAGCAUCCCAUGCUCCCUCAGGCUACGGGCUCAUCGCCUCACACAUAACCAAGUCCACACCAGAAGACAAGUCCGGAUUCCCUCCUAUAUACCGACGCUUCGAAAGCAUCAACCACCGCGUUCUCCUCCACCUCCAGGACGAGAUCUCCCAAAUGGAGGAAGACCUCCAAACUCUAGACGAGUACGAGGAAAUGCACCGAAUCGGCACAGCAGAACAAGAAGGCACAAAGCCCCAACCCGCCUCUAGACGCCGCGACUCCCAAGCCCAGGUCUAUUCUUCCCUCCACUACCGCCGCAUGGAUCUCAUGGGUGCUCUUAUCCAAAAGACCGAGCAAUAUAACAACGCCUUAAGCUCCUACAGCAAAGUCCUCCAAACCCUUCCCAAAGCCACCGAAAAAGACAUCGACGGCUAUCGCACUUGGAUGAAAGAAAAUCACCCCAUAGCUUCAUUUGAGACCCGAUUCUUGGAUCACGAUGCUGAUCUCGUCUCCCUAACCCCGCGACUCGCUGCAGGAGCUGCCUCGGCCCCCGUUUACAUGGCUAUCAUCAUUGCUUCGGGAGCACUGCUCCUGCCACUAUUGGCGUUUAGCAUGAUUGCCGAGUUCUCGGGUCGUCUUGUGGUUGUUACUGUUGUUGGCGGUGCGGCUGCUGCUAUUGCUGCGAACUACUCGGCAGGGAUUGAUACUCUGGUUGAUUCUCGGGAUGGCUGGCGGUGUGCUACUAUAUACUUUGGAUUUAUGACCAUUGCUGCCAUGUUCAUUCCCUGA